CGUCCAUCCUCAUGAUUACGUUCAUCGUUUUCGGUUGCCCGACCGCCUUGUACCUCGAACAUACGCGCCACAUAACCUCCUCGCCGCGUGAACGCUUCUCAGCCACAUGCCGUUUCAAAGGUUUGUUCAGUCGGGCCGUGUGGCCUAUGUGAGUGAUGGCAUUCACCAGGGCAAGCUGGUGGCUAUUGUCGACAUUAUUGACCAGAACCGAGUCCUGGUGGACGGCCCAUCAUGUAAUGUGCCUCGCUGCGAGAUGAGGCUCAACGAUCUUCACCUAACUAAAUUCCGCCUGCGUUUCCCAUAUUCCGGAUGCACCCGAGUCGUGCGUAAAGCGUGGCAAGCGGGUAACAUCGACGAACUGUGGAAACAGACGAUGUGGGCCAGGAAAGUUGAGGCCAAGAAGAAGCGUGCGGAACUUAGUGAUUUUGACCGCUUCAAGUUGAGGAAAGCCAGACAGAUGAGGAACAGAAUGCGAACAGAGGCAUUCUACAAGUUAAAGAAAGCCAAGAAGGCUAAAACCAGCGAUGCAAAAAAAGGCAAAAAACAAGCUGAAAAGUAAUCAUUUUAAUUAAAUAUAAAAUUAUUUCACAAAAA